CAGCGUCCUCGCUUCCGUCACAUUGAUCAUCAGCUCUGCAGCAGACGGAGGGUCUUUGUGGUGAUUUGAGAUUGAUACGGAUCUAAUCGGUGUGUGAUCGACGUGGAGCAUGAUGAACAGUGCAGCUAUCUACCCCCCUCUCAACGCCCCCACCGCCCAGGCCAACAUGUUCGGCACCGUCCCCGGAUACGAAGGCCUGGUUCCUGGAGGAGGAGGUUUCCUUCCACCUCCGAUGCCCGCUGAGCCUGUAGCUCCGCCCCAACCAGGAGCUGUACCUGCCGACUGGAGCAUCCCCUCUCUGUCGGAGGAUGUGGCUUGUGAUGCGUUCAAGAGCUUCGCCUCGUCUCACUGCUGCUACAGUAAAGCUCCGGCCAACGAUGGCGUCAUCACCAAGAUGGAGCCAUUCAACACGUACAGGUACCGUCUAGAGACGUUCUCUGAGUCCAGGUCAACUGAUUGGGCCACCAAGCCUCAUGAAGGUGAGCUGGCUGACUUCUACACCCAGACUGCCCCCCGUCCCUGGGAGAUCCAGGCCACGGCCCCAAAACUCUUCUCCGACCACAAGGAAGUGAUCCGGGUGCCUUACACCUCCUCCAUCAAGGACUGCCACUCCUGUCAUGCCACCGGGACGAUGCCGUGCCAAGAGUGCCAGGGAAAUGGAUCCAAACCCUGCUGGGUGUGUAACGGUUCUGGGACCAACAACAACGACAGCUGCCAUCGCUGCAACGGUUCCGGCCAAGACAAGUGCACACAGUGCCAUGGAAAAGGGACGAAGGACUGUGAGACCUGUAAAGGAAGACGACAACUGCUGGCCUACAUCCAGCUCACGGUGCAGUGGACCAACCAUGUGACCGACCACGUGGUCGAGCAGAACUCUGGUCUGAAGGUCGAUGAUCUGCGUUCAGUUAGUGGGAAGGAGCUGUUCAAGAACAACCAGUACCAGCUCUACCCGCUGCUCGGGUUCCCAAACCCGGCCAUCUCUGAGGCCUCUGAGCGACUCAUCCAGGAGCACCUGGCCCAGUUCGCUCAGAGCUCCAGGAUCCUGCAGCAGAGGCAGACGGUGGAGCUGAUCCCCAUCACUAAAGUCAACUACAAGUGGAAAGGCGACAGUCACGUCUACUAUGUUUAUGGCAACGAGAACAAAGUCAGCGCUGACGACUAUCCAGCGACCUGCUGCUGCGUCAUCCAGUAGAAACCAACACACUUUAUUCCCUUCAGCUCCUUUUCCACAUGAGUAUACAUCAUAUUUCCAGAUAUAACCAUUAGAUCAGAGCUGCUCAAACAUGUUAAUCCCAUAUUACUCUGUCAUUUAAAUCUGUGUUUCGCUGCAGCUUCCUUUUAAACGAUUGCCUGUCCUUCACACAGGGCUGAAACUUUAGCAACAAAGUGCCCGUAAAAACACACAGCAGCCUUUUCCUCAAGUUUUUCUGCAAUUCUAGCAGAAUUAUUCUGUGGAUCAGUUCAGACUCUACCUCCUGUUUAAAUGCUGAGAUGCUUCAUCAGAGGAAAUAAUGGACCUUAGCUGCAGCUCUGAUUCUUUAAUUCAACCUUUAUGUCAACAGUUUUAUCUGUUUUUGUUGAUUGUUAAACCUCUGAACCUCAGAACAUGCCGGCAGGUCUGAAAGACAUGUUAUCUUUUUACCAAAAUUGCAACAUUUAUCAGAAAAAAAAACUGUGAAAACAGAAAAAUGUUCUUGUUUGCUGAGAUGUUCCAUCAAAAAAUUUGACCAAAUCAGAGCUUAAAAUUGUGAUGUUAUAAAUAUCACCAAAAUUGCACCUUUUUAGAGCCAGAAACUGUAAAAACAGAAUAAAUUGUCAAAUUUCCAACUUUCUGGCAGUCCUUGAACUACUCAUCUGUGACAAGGGCUUAAAACUGUAAACAUCAAAAUCACUUUUUACAAAAUAGGUUGAAAUUAAAAAACAAUUAGAUGAGUUUUUUUUUAAAUGACUCCAGAUUUAUCCAAAAAUGACUCUAAAGUGGUCAAAAUGAGAUCAAAAUUUUCCAAAAUGACUCAAAACAUUUACACAAUGACUCAGAUUCUAUCCAAAAAUGACUUAAUAUUGUCCAGAAUUACUUCCAGUUUGGACAAAAUGACUCAAAAUUCACCGAACGUAACUCAGACUUUUUCCAAUGCGGUUCAAAAGUCAGGAAAAAUGAGUCCACAGUGAUAAAAAAUUAGCCCACAAUGAGGAUAAAAUAGCCAACAGCGAGGAAAAAUGACCUCAUGUGAGGAAAAAUAAGUCCACAGUGAUGAAAAAUGAACCAGAGUGAUGGAAUAAAUGAACCACAGUGAAAAAAAAUGUGACAAGAGCAAUAAAACCCACCCUGAGUCUGCUCGCUGGGGUUCAGAGGUUUGAACCAGUUUGCUGUUGAUCCAUCAUUGCUUCUGUGUUGACGUCUCUUCAACUUACCAAAGGUUUUUUCCAGUUACAAACCAGUUUACUGCGAACACGUACCAGUACGUGCCACGUUAUACACAGAAACCUCAUUUAUCUGAAAUAUUUCUAGAUGCUGUUUUUUUCUGACAUCUGAGCUCAACUUGUGUUGGAAAAGGGGGAAAAAAGGUGACUCAGAUUGUAGAGAAAUGACAGAAUCUGGUUCUUCUGGUUUCAUUUUUUUUCUUUCCUGAUGAAACCUGAAGGUGAAACCACUUCAGACUGUUCUAACUGUGGUGAACCGAAAGGUGGUUUUAAUUUCUCUUGAAGUUGAGUCAGACUAACUCUCAGCUUCUUUGUGACUUUUUUUCUUCUAGUGCUGUUUAGAAGGAAAAAAAUGUGCCCAUUUUUGGCAAAAAUGCCCAAAAAUGGCUCAAAGCCAUCUGAGAUUAGUAAAGAUUUGUUGGACAUAACUCAAAAUUGAUCAAAAAUGGUCAAAAAAUAGUUUAGAAAAUGUCCCAAACAACUUCGGAUUUGCCCAAAAUGACUCAAAACAUUUCCACAAUGACUCGGAUUCUGUCCAAAAAUGACUUAACAUUGUCUGAAAUUAUUAUUACAAGUUGGACAAAAUGGGGCAAAAUCAUCCAAAAAUUAUUCCAAAUUGUCCAAAAUUAGCCAAAACUUUUUUAAAAAAUGACUUAAAACUCAGUCGAAAAGUCAAAAUUUGUUGGAUAUAAUUUUAAAUUUAUCCAAAAUGACUCUAAAUGGUCAAAAAUUAGCCUAAAAAUUUCCAAAAUUAGCUAAAACUUUUUCUGAAAUGAGUUAAAAUUCACGACCUCUCCAGGGUGUCCCCUGCCUUCGGCCGAGUCAGCUGGGAUAGGCUCCAGCACCCCCCGCGACCCUAGUGAGGAUAAAGCGGUGUAUAAAGAAUGGAUGGACUUAAAAUUCAGCUGAAAAAUAGAAAUUUCUUGGAUAUAAUUAUAAAUGUAUCUCGAACAAAUCUAAAAUGAUCAAAACUAGUUUAAAAAUUUUCCAUAAUGACUUCAAAUUUGGCAACAAGACCCAACACAUUCACACAAUGACUCAGAUUCUGUCUAAAAAUGACUGAACAUCGUCUGAAAUUGGCUGAAACUUUUUCCAAAAUGUCUUAAAACUCAGUCGAAAAGUGGAAAUUCUUUGGAUAGAACUCAAACUUUAUUCAAAAUCAAUCUAAAAUGUUGGGGCUGCCCAGUGGGGUAGUGGUUAGCACUUUCACCUUGCAGCAAGAAGAUCCCUGGUUCAAAUCCCGGGGUGGGCCUGGGAUCUUUCUGCAUGGAGUUUGCAUGUUCUCCCUGAGCAUGCGUGGGUUUUCUCCAGGUACUCCGGCUUCCUCCCACAGUCCAAAAACAUGCUGAGGUUAGCUGAGUAUUCUAAAGCCCCGUCCACACGAAAUGAGGUCUAAACACAUAAGUUUCUUGCCGAAUCUGCGUAUCAUCCACACGAAGACGGCGUUUUGGGGGUCUGUAAACGAUCAUUUUUGAAAACGGGUUCCAGAGUGUAAAGAUUUUGAAACGCCGUUUAUGCAGCUCCGUGUGUACGGGCGAUCCGCUGCUUUUCAGAAACGCUUGCGUCAUAGUUUCGUAUCUUCAUUGACACACAUGCGCCACACGCGGCAACGACAACAACAAUGGCGGUGUACAGUGUAGCAAAUGUGCUGAUGAAGCUCUCUGUUUACAACUUUUGCUGUGAGUGCGCAUGGCCACAGUUUUUUUUCUUCUGUUUGCACGUGUUUCCGUCAUAUCGUUACAGCACCCCUAGAGGUCUGGCAUGUGUUUUAAAGCUUUUCAAUGCGUAUCAAGUGCAUUCGUGUAGACGCACACAUUUUCUGAGACGCCUUCGUCUUUACGGCGGUCACUUUUGAAACUGUUCAGCGUUUAGUCUUCGUGUGGACGGGGCCUAAAUUGCCCGUAGGUGUGAAUGUGAAUGUGAUUGUGUGUCUGUAUAUGUGGCCCUGCGACAGACUGGUGACCUGUCCAGGGUGUCCCCUGCCUUCGGCCGAGUCAGCUGGGAUAGGCUCCAGCACCCCCCGCGACCCUAGUGAGGAUAAAGUGGUGUAUAGAGAAUGGAUGGAAUCUAAAAUGUCAAAAUUAAUUUAAAAAAAGUCCAACAUUACUCAAAAUUUGCCCAAAAAUGACUUAAAAUUGUCCAAAUCCAACAUCAAGGUUAACAUUGGAGACUUAGAGGUAAUCUGAUUACUCUGGGUUCUGUAAAGCGUCUUGAGACAAUUUGACUGUAAUUGACGCUAUAUAAAUAAAAUUGAAUUGAAAUUGAAUUGAAUUGAGGUGAUGCAGUUUUGAGUUAGAUUAGAUUUAAGUGAUAUUCCUCCUGUCUGUGGAGUGCCUCAUAUUCAGUAUUCUAUAAAAUAUUACUCUGGUCGUUGGAUUGUCGUCUUCUUUAGUGUUUUUUUCUUUAAAUCCGCCUCGUUUUGGGGUCGAGGCUGAAAAGUUUGUAAACCCCGAUGCUGGAUGAAAUCAUUUAGAAUGACUACCUGAUGUCCUUCAUGUUUUACCUUCAGAGCUUCAUGUGUUCAUGUUUGCCGUCCUGGAAGCUGAAAGGCAUUCUGGGUAGAAAAAAAAUAACAAAGAGAGGAAUGAGGAAGGAAACGGAGGCCUGGAGGGAGUUUAGGACAGAAAGAAACAGUUUUAAAUCUUUAUUAAAUACUGUUUGAUGCUUGAAGUUUGAACUCGUCUUUAGAGAUUAAAAACACGUAAAAGUAAAAGUAGAUUACAGUUUUAUUGAUGUUGAGGUUUAAAUGCUGCAUAAUUAAUAGUUUAAGGGCAAAAUCAGUGUUUUUAUUUAGUCCAGAGGGUUUAUUGUGAUUCAGGUUCAACAAAUCCAGACUUUCUUUGCGUUAACUGGAUCAAUUAAACCUAAAACACCAAUUAGAGAAAAUGAUCUCCUUAAUUCACCUAAAUGUUGACGUUUACAUGACUAAAGUUUGAAAUUUCAGAACUUUAUUGUGCAGCCGAGAGUCACUGAAUGAGAAAAUAAAUAUCUUAGCUUUAUUUUUUUCCUUUCAAAUAACAACUAAUAUCUGUCAAAUACCAUUUUUUUUACUGAUACAGAAAAACACUAAAAAAUAAAAGUUUUUCAAAAGUAAUAAGUCAGUUGUUUUUUGUAAAAAUAAUGUGGAUAUUAUUCAAAGUUUAUUUUCAAUAAUUUGUCCUAAAUAUUAUCUGUGAUUUAAAUUAUUUACCAUUUUUCAUUUCUUCAUACACAUAUUUUUACUUUCAAACAAUGGCAAAUAAUAUUUCUUGCUGAUUAAAACACAGUGCAAAAUAGUAUAAUUUUAUGGUCGAAUAGUUUGCUAUUUUUUAAUAUUUUAAAUACUUUUUUCUUGCCAUAAUCUGUUAUUUAACAAAACAGGAAGCAUCUGUAGAAUAACAGUCAAUUGUUCUAGAAAGUAGAGUUAAAACAGCAUAAAAAAUCCAAAAGAAUCCCUCUCAUACAUAUUUGCAAUAAAAAAAAUGUAGAUUUUUUUAAUUUUCUGCACAAGUCUCCAUUUUAACAACCUGUUAGUCUGACCUACACAGAAUUUACUGCAGAAAAAGAUGAGGCGGCAAACAAUACGCAUCAUCUCUGAUUGGGGUUUUAGGUUUUAUUAAUCCAGCUAACUCAAAGAAAGUCUGGCUUAUUUCCUCCUAGUUCCUCCCUCUGCUCCGUUUGUCUCCAGUUUCAGUCAGCAUAAAUAAAUAAGUAGACUAGAAAAGCACUCGGAGAGCGCAUACCUCCGCCAUCCCGUUUGUCUGUCUGUCCAUCUGUGUGUCCAUGUGUGUGUGUCUGUCUGUCUGUCUGUUAACAGCAUAACUCAAAAAGUCAUGAACGGAUUUUCACCAAAUUUUUACAGGAUGUCCGGAAGACAUGGCGGCCAUCUCUCAAUUGUCCUUCGACCUUCAAAAAAUUCCUGGAUCCAGACAGUGAUUCGGAUCACCUCCAAAAUCUAAUCGAUUCUUACUCGUGCUCUUCCGGACAUCCUGUAAAAAUUUGGUGAAAAUCCGUCCAUGACUUUUUGAGUUAUGCUGUUAACAGACAAACAGACACACACACACACACACACACACACACACACACACACACACACACACACACACACACACACACACACACACACACACACACACACACACACACGCACACAGACGGACAGACAGACAAACAAACUCCGGUGAUUACAUAACCUCCUGGCGGAGGUAAUAAAUAACUAGAUAAAUAAAUAUAUCUGCUUCUUGCCUUCCUGCAGUUCAGCAGUUCUCCUGUAGAGGGUGCUGGAUGCCUCUGCCACCCCCUGCUGGCUGUUUCAUCCGUGACACUCAGGACAAAUCCAUGUUGUUUUUUAUCGUUUUUACUCCAAAUAUUUAUCCAACAGUGCAUGUAUUUUUAUUUUGUAUUAUUAUUUCAGUGUAUGCUACAUAAAAUCUGUCAGUUUCUGCUUUUCAUAAAAAUAUUUUUACAGUUAGCUGCUGAAGCUUUUGUAUCCUAAAUAUCAUAAUAUCCAUGUUGUUUCUUUUCCUGUGUCGGUAUAAGUCAGCUGUCAUCACGUUGUGAUUGUAGACGUUGAACAUCUCAGAGUGAUGCUGCUGUGGCUAACCAGCGUUAGUGCUACUAACCUAAAGAACCGAUGAUGUCCUUACUCUGUCUGUAAUAUUUUCAUUUUACAGUAGAUUAUUAAUCGUAUGUUACUGUUCAAACCAAAAAUAAACUCUGUGACUCACCUG